AUGAGUAAAUUAUCAUAUAUAUCACCAGAAGGAUUAAGAAUUGAUGGUAGAAGAGCAAAUGAAUUAAGAAGAAUAAAUGUUGAGAUGGGUAUAUUUAAAAGAGCAGAUGGAUCAGCAUAUUAUGAACAGGGUAAUACAAAAAUCAUAGCAGCAGUUUAUGGACCACGUGAAAUAUCAGUGAGUGGAAAAGGAGUAUUUGAUAGAGCAGUUGUUAAAUGUGAAUUUUCAAGCAGUAGUUUUAGCACAACAGAGAGAAAACCUCAACAAAAAACCAAGGGAGAUAGAGUCACGACAGAGAUUGCAAAUUUAGUAAAACAAGCAUUUGAAAGCACAAUUCACACUCAUCUAUACCCACGUUCACAGAUAAAUAUCUAUUUACAAGUUUUGCAAUCGGAUGGUGGCUUAAAAGCUGCCGCUAUCAAUGCCUCUACAUUGGCUUUGAUAGAUGCAGGUAUUUCAAUGAAAGAUUUUAUUUGUGCUUGUUCAACUAGUUGUAUUGAUGGUAUUGCAGUUUUGGAUUUAAAUAAUAUCGAAGAACGUUCGGGUGGUCCCGAUUGUUUACUCUCAAUUCAACCUCAAAUCGGUGGUGUCAUCUCUUUAAAUAUGGAUUCAAAAGUACCUCAAGAUCUUUUUGAAUCGGUUUUAGAAUUGGGUGAAAAAGGUUGUAAAAAAAUAUUUUCAAUUUUAUCUGAUUAUGUUAAAAAGUAUUGUUCAAAUUUAAUUUCAAAUCAAAUAAAAAAUUAA